GAGCGCGUAAGGAGGCGAGGCAUGCACAUAAUAGAAUCGCAUCCGCAUCCUCGUCUGCUCGUCUGUAAAUCUUCAGCUAGCUAACAUUUCCAAUCAUGACUCCCUCCAUGUCUGAGAAAACUUCGUUGCUUCCCAUCGCAGAAUCUGGGCUAGAGGCCAAGACCAAGACCAACAGCAAGACACAGAUCGACCAUCGCGCCGUCAUUGAACAUGUCUUCCUACUCUUGAGUCUCCUCCUCACGGCUUUCCAGUUUUUCGUCCUCUACAGCAUCGACGGCUCAUCUCUUGCGCCUUCCACGACUUACUACAACGCUGUCUUGCGCCAACUCGCUCGCGGCCUGCGCAUCUCAAUUCCCGCAAGCCUUCCGACCAGCGUUGGCCUAUUCUUCACCGCGCCCUAUAUCGCACGCCCAGAUAAGAUUGUGAUCACUAGAUACACGGUUCUACUCUGCUAUCUCGUGGGCUCGACGUUGGGUGCGCUGCUGAUCUAGGCCGGGGCGGCUAGGGUUUAGCUCGCGUACUGUUUCGUAUCGCCGGGAGCGAUAACGGCGGUGGAGAGCUGCAUCCUUCGACAAUUUGACGGGCUUCCUGA